GUUGCGCAUACGUUAAGGGUGCCGCGACCUCGCUAUGGCCACGGCAGGAUUUCAGGGGAAGGUGUGCGUGUCCGCCUCAUCUGCAGUACGUGGCGGCUGGGGCGGGGUGGCUUUGUGUGGAAUCCGGUAAGGGGCAUUAGGGAAGUGUUUGGAGCAAGGGUAACCGAGAAACCUCGUGACUCGCUGAGUGGCCCGAGGCGGUCUGCUGCCCCUCUGCCCAGCGAGGGCUCUUCCACCCAGACGUUACCACCGGGCACCUGCCGUACGUGUUGCAACCCUCAUACCACCUCUCCAGAAAUAACCAUAACCUUUCUGCCUACUGAGGCCGUUUAGUGACGGCCCACUGAAGCGCUGUGCAUAGCUUCAGUUCUUACAACAGUUCUGCAAGGUUCUCUCCCUGAUAGGCUGCUCUCGCACCAGCACUCCCUGCCGGUCGUGGAACUUCCAGAAGCUGAGGAGGCAUGCUCUGAGUUUCUGGACCAGCAGAGCUGAGGGUACCCAAACUUGUACUGAGGCAACUCUACUGAGGUCAGCCCCAUGGCUGUUCCACAUGGUUCAAGUGAAGCUUCCUAUUUGCUACCUCCAAACAGUGAGGACUGGGGACGGCACGGCAUUCCUGACUUUGUCUAUGGGCAGAGGGAACUCGUGCCAGAAGGGAUUCAGUGGCCAAGGAGCGGACCCAGCCUUCUGGACACACUGCCACUGUCUCGCUUUGACUCUGCCCUCUGCUUGGCCUGGAGGCAGCGGAUGGAGCUGGGGCUGUUCCGCUACUGUCUGGGGGACCUGCAGACCCAAACCCUUCCUGGUGCCGUGGGUUUUGUGGCUCAGCUGAAUGUGGAGCGAGGUGUGCAAAGAAGGAGCCCCCAGAACAUCAGGAGCGUGAGGCAGGCGUUUGACCCUGAACAGUUUAACUUCAACCAGAUCCGGCCAGGAGAAGUCCUCUUCCGCUUGCACCGGGACCCCGAUCUCCCCAGUGCUCUCCAGCAAGACGACAUCCUCGUGGUGAUCAACGUCAGCCCCUUGGAGUGGGGCCACGUGCUGCUGGUGCCCGAGCCCGCCCGAGGGCUCCCCCAGCGCCUGCUGCCAGGGGCACUGCAGGCCGGGGUUGAAGCUGUGCUGCUGAGCUCACACCCAGGCUUCCGAGUUGGCUUCAACAGCCUGGGCGGCCUGGCCUCAGUGAACCACCUCCACCUGCAUGGCUAUUACCUGGCCCACAGACUGCCCGUGGAGGGGGCCCCAAGCGAACCCCUGGAUCCUGGGGGCCGUCUGCAUCUGCUCCAGGCCCUCCCAGCUCCUGGCUUCCUCUUUUACACAAGCGGGCCAGGGCCCGACUUGGAAGCCUUGAUAAGCAGGGUAUGUCGGGCCACUGACUAUCUGGCUGACCACGAGAUUGCACAUAACUUGUUUGUGACCCGGGGCGCUCCACCUGGAAAGACAUCAUCUUCCUCAGCCCUCACGGGGGUCCGAGUAAUUCUUUGGGCCCGGAAGUCCAGCUUUGGGAUAAAGGAAGGCGAGGCCUUCAAUGUUGCCCUCUGUGAGCUGGCUGGGCACCUCCCUGUCAAAACAUCCCAGGACUUCAGCAGCCUGACAGAGGCGGUGGCUCUGGCCAUCAUCCGAGACUGUCUGCUGCCCCCAGACCAGGCAGAAAAGGUGCAGGCAGCACUGGUGGCCUUGAUAGCCAAGGAAGAACAGUAAUCCUUCCAGAAGUAUUUAUUUUGUAACCGAUCUAAGUCUCUUUCCAGAAAUCUGUCCAUCAUGAUCAUGUGGGCACUUUCAUGAAUGCCUUCUCACCUGUCUCAGCCUAAGGGGAGGGAUAAAGAACUGGUAAGUGGUCUCUUUAAGGAGGAGGAUACCUUGGAAUAAAUCGAAUGAA